UGUUCAAUCCCUCAUUGAUCGGAAGGCGAAAACUUCAUUCAAUAGAAGAGGAUCGAUGACCUACACCAAAAUGCCUUCAAGAGAGUCACUUUACAAGAAGGAUUACAGGCUAAUAUGGAGAAGAGCAGCCUGUACAUAGCUGGGUUGACUGAUCAGUUCAAGUCCCAAAUAUUGGAGGAGUUGCAUCUAACAGCUGGUGAAUUGCCCUUCAAAUACUUGGGGGUACCAUUGUCUACAAGGAAGCUAACAGUAAGUCAAUGUUUGCCAUUGGUGGAAAAGAUGAUUGCAAGAGUAAAGUGUUGGUCAACAAAAUUCCUAUCAUAUAGUGGCAGACUCCAUCUUGUCAAGAGUGUUUUAUUUGAAAUGCAGACUUAUUGGGCACAGGUCUUCUUGCUUCCAAAGAAAAUCAUUGCCAUGGCACUACUGUCUGCAGAACCUUCCUGUGGACAAGAAGCAAUGAAUUUUCUAAGAAGUCACUUGUGGCUUGGGAGAUGAUCUGCAGACCAAGAUCAGCUGGAGGAUUACAAGUGCUUGAUCUGAUUACAUGGAAUAAGGCUGCUAUAGGAAAGUUGUUAUGGGCAUUGGCUAUGAAGAAAGAAAAACUAUGGGUCCUGUGGGUUCACACUUUCUACAUAAAAGGGCAAGAUCUAUCUACUAUGCCAGUACCAAAACAGCCUUGCUGGAUAGUGAGGAAGUUCUUUGAGGCAAGGAAAUGGAUGCAAAAUCAGGUAGAUUUGGUGCAGAGCUUACAACCUAUGAUGAAGGAUGGCACUUACAGUAUCAAAACUGCAUAUGGUAUGCUACAGCCACAGUUCUCUAGAGCUGCAUGGAGAAACCUGGUUUUGGUAAAAGGGGCAUUACCUAGGCACCAGUUUAUACUGUGGAUUGCAUUACACCAAAGACUAGCAACUGUGGACAGAUUGACAAAAUGGGUUAUACAAGUCCAAAAAGACUGUGUACUUUGCAACUCCAGCCUUGAAGAGACUUUUGGGCACCUGUUCUUUGAAUGUCAUUACUCAAGGUAUGUGUGGUGUUCUUUGCUGAGAUGGAUGAAUAUACAGAGGCAACCAGGGGAUUGGAAUACUGAGACAGGAUGGAUGCAGAACCAACUUAGGAACAGCAGACCAAGAGCUGGAAUUCUGGGAUUUAUGUUUGCAGCUGCUGUGUAUAAUGUGUGGAUUGAAAUGAACAACAGGAGGUUCAAGCAGAAGGCUAUAUCAACGACCAAAAUGCUGAGGGAAAUUGCACUGCAAGUUCAUAUUGCUGGCCAGCAGAAGCAGAAAUGGCUGAGUCAUCUGAGCAGAUUACAAGGAGUACCUACUUAGCUUUCAGUUUUACCUAGUGUAGGAAAUCCUUUGUAAUCUGUUUGUUGCUUUAAUGAUUCUCUGUAAGAUUUGAAAGUCCAUGUCCUAGAAUAGAGUAGGAAACCAUGUACAAAAAGGCAUACUGUGAGCUAAUCUCCAUAGUCAAAAUGAGUUAGCUGGUUUUGCAAAAAUUAUACUUGGUUGAAUGGAAGUUUCUCAGUUUGACCAAAAAAUUUUUUGAGGUUG